AUGAGAUGCUGCUUCUCAGAGCUGCUGUCCAACCUGUACUCGCGUGGGAACGAGCAGACACUCCUGGAGGAGUCGGCAGAGAAGGCAGACCAAGGAGUUCAUCUUCUCAGAGCUGCUGUCCAACCUGUACUCAAGUGGGAAGGAGCAGACACUCCUGGAGGAGUCGGUAGAGCAGGCAGACCAAGCAGUUUGUCUUCUCAGAGCUGCUGUCCAACCUGCACUCGCGUGGGAACCAGAAGAGACUCGUGGAGGAGUCGGCAGAGCAGGCACAGCGGCGAGAUGAGAUGCUGCUUCUCAGAGCUGCUGUCGAACCUGUACUCACGUGGGAAUGAGAAGACACUCGUGGAGGAGUCGGCAGAGCUGGCAGACCAAGGAGUUCAUCUUCUCAGAGCUGCUGUCCAACCUAUACUCGCGAGUCGGCAGAGCAGGCACAGCGUCGCGAAGAGAUGCUGCUUCUCAGAGCUGCUGUCCAACCUGUACUCGCGUGGGAACGAGAAGACACUCCUGGAGGAGUUGGCAGAGCAGGAAGACCAAGGAGUUCAUCUUCUUGUAGCUGCUGUCCAACCUGUACUCGCGCGGGAACCAGAAGACACUCGUGGAGGAGUCGGCAGAGCAGGCACAGCGUCGCGACGAGAUGCUGCUUCUCAGAGCUGCUGUCCAACCUGUACUCGCGUGGGAACGAGAAGACACUCCUGGAGGAGUCGGCAGAGCAGGCACAGCGGCGCGAUGAGAUGCUGCUUCUCAGAGCUGCUGUCCAACCUGUACUCGCGUGGGAACGAGAAGACACUCCUGGAGGAGUUGGCAGAGCAGGCAGACCAAGGAGUUCAUCUUCUCAGAGCUGCUGUCCAACCUGCACUUGCGUGGGAGCCAGAAGACGCUCGUGGAGGAGUCGGCGGAGCAGGCACAGCGUCACGACGAGACGCUCCUUCUCAGAGCUGCUGUCCAACCUGUACUCGCGUGGGAACGAGCAGACACUCCUGGAGGUGUCGGCAGAGCAGGCAGACCAAGGAGUUCAUCUUCUCAGAGCUGCUGUCCAACCUGCACUCGCGUGGGAAUGAGAAGACACUCCUGGAGGAGUUGGCAGAGCAGGCAGACCAAGGAGUUCAUCUUCUCGGAGCUGCUGUCCAACCUGUACUCGCGUGGGAACGAGCAGACACUCCUGGAGGAGUCGGCAGAGCAGGCAGACCAAGGAGUUCAUCUUCUCAGAGCUGCUGUCCAACCUGCACUCGCGGGGGAACCAGAAAACACUCGUGGAGGAGUUGGCAGAGCAGGCACAGCGUUGCGACGAGAUGCUGCUACUCAGAGCUGCUGUCCAACCUGUACUCGCGUGGGAACGGGAAGACACUCCUGGAGGAGUCGGCAGAGCAGGCAGACGAAGGAGUUCAUCUUCGCGGAGCUGCUGUACAACCUGUACUCGCGUGGGAACCAGAAGACACUCGUGGAGGAGUCGGCAGAGCAGGCACUGCGUCACGAUGAGAUGCUGCUUCUCAGAGCUGCUGUCCAACCUGUACUCACGUGGGAACGAGCAGACACUCCUGGAGGAGUCGGCAGAGCAGGCAGACC